AUGUCCGGAUAGUUUACAUGGUCGGGAAAGUGUGCGAAAGUGUGCUCUGUAAUGUUGCAAAUACUUUUCUUUUGGAAUUUUACUUAUGUCUCAGACUUUAUAGAAUGCCUUGUGAAGUAAAUCGCCGUUUCUUGGUGCUGUACGGAUCGCAGCGCGGUCAAGCCCAGUCCAUAGCGGAAGGAAUAGCCGACGAGGCAGGGGAACAAGGACUCGUCGCUGACAUCUUCUGCUUAAGCCAACAGGAUAAAUAUAACCUGGAAAGGCAAAGAGAUCCUGUUGUCUUUGUUGUAUCAACGACUGGGGAUGGGGAGCCACCAGACACAACCCUGAAAUUUGUAAAGAAUAUCAAGAAGAAAACACUGGCUGCCGACCACUAUGCACACCUCCACUAUGCACUCUUAGGUCUAGGUGAUACAAAUUAUGCAAAUUUCUGCAACUGUGGGAAGACCAUUGACAAGCGCCUUCAAGAACUUGGAGGAAAACAUUUCUAUGCCACGGGGCAUGCAGACGACGGAGUAGGGCUGGAGUUAGUGGUGGACCCCUGGUUAGAGGGACUGUGGGACGCUAUUAAAGGAGCUUACUCAAAGAUGGCUUCCCUGCCUACAGAGAGCAGUGGCUCUCUUAGAGACUCCCAGACCCCAGACCUGAGAGACUCCAUCAACAAACCCUCAGAUUCUUCAACAGCGAGUGUCAAACUGAGCCUUCUGAGUCUUAGCAACGCUAAGGCCCAAAGCUCAGACUUACCCGGAGCAGUCUCAGAGCAGAGCGUCACCCAAGCAGAAUCCUCAUCUCUGUCAGAGAUACAGAGUGGAGAUGCUGUAGCUCCCCCUGCUGUUGUAGAGGCCUCCCUGACCUGCUCCCUGCCUCCGCUCUCUGAGACCUCCCUCAAUGUCCCAGCACUGCCCCCUCCCUACCUGGAGGUCAAGCUCCAGGAAGCCACCACAGAAGAAGAAGCCAGCUCUCCGCUCAGCAAAGAGACCGUACACGAGGUGCCCAUCUCCAGUGCGGUCCGACUGACCAGUGAUGACUCAGUCAAAACUGCUCUUCUGCUAGAGCUGGACAUCUCGCACCACCCGAUGGCCUACCAGCCAGGGGACUCAUUUGACGUGCUCUGCCCAAAUCGAGACUCCGAGGUGGAGGAGCUGCUCCAGAGACUGGGCCUGCAGGACCGGCGGAGCUGUCAGGUCCAGCUCUCACUGCGCAAGGACACCAAGAAGAAAGCUGCCCAGCUCCCUUCCUACAUCCCUGAAAACUCCACCCUGCUUUAUCUGUUCACCUGGUGCAUGGAGAUCAGAAGUGUCCCCAAGAAGGCGUUCCUCAGAGCUUUGGUGGAGUGCACAGCUGACAGUGGACAAAAGAGGAGGCUACAGGAGCUGUGCAGCAAACAGGGCUCUGCUGACUACAACCUGUAUGUCAGAGACUCCAACCUCGGCUUAUUGGACUUGCUUGCUGUAUUUCCCUCCUGCUCACCUCCUCUCAGCCUACUCAUAGAACAAGUACCCAAACUGCAGCCGAGGCCCUACUCUGUCGCCAGUUCCAGCCUCCGGCACCCUGGGAAGCUGCACUUUGUCUUCAACGUGGUGGAGUUCCCCGCAUGCUCCUGGUGGCCUGCAGGCAGGCGAGGCCUGUGCACAGGUUGGCUGUACGACCUGGUCGACCCCAUGCUGGUGCACCAUGGGAAAGCUGACUCCUCGAGUGUCCUGGAGGCCCCUAAGGUCCGUGUGAGUCUGCGGCCCAAUGUCUCCUUCCGCCCGCCCUCUGACCCCUCAGCCCCCCUCGUCAUGGUGGGCCCUGGCACAGGCCUCGCCCCUUUCAUCGGCUUCCUUCAGCAAAGAGAGAAGGAGAGGGGGGAACAUCCUGAGGUCGUGUUUGGCGAGACCUGGCUGUUCUAUGGCUGCCGUCACAGAGACAAAGAUUUCCUGUUUAGGGAGGAACUGCAGGGGUUUGUGGGUAACGGCUCCCUGACCCAUCUAAAGGUGUGCUUCUCGAGGGACAGCCAGGACCAGGCAGGGCCCAGAUACGUCCAGCACAACCUGCUGCUGCAUGCCAAGGACAUCUGCAACAUACUCCUUCAACAAAAUGGCCGCCUAUAUGUCUGCGGGGAUGCUAAGAACAUGGCUAAAGAUGUCAACGACACCCUGAUAGACUUGGUUGCAGCAGAGCUGCACCUGGAUAAGCUGGAGGCCAUGAAGAGGCUGGCCUCCCUGCGGGAGGAGAAACGCUACCUCCAGGACAUAUGGAGCUGAGGAGGCACCAGUUGAGGACGUGUCCCAAUAGUCUAGACCAGCUGCCUCCUCGUGUCUCCUCUCCUCCUUGCAGGAGACGAGGAGUAGUUAGGUGGAAGCACUGAGAUGGACUCCUAUGGGGGGGAUUGGCUUUUACUUGUUUUGUCUUCACAGCUACAUGCUAAUGGUUGACCACACAGAUCAAGUUAUGUUCCUCCUCCCUCAUACAAGCUGCCCACACAUUUUGAUCAGGUGUUUUAUUAUGGAUGUAUGCAAGGCUAAAGUACUGCCAGCUACACACACAUACCUCUGUUUAUCUUGACAUUCUCAUUGCAUACCAACCAUGGGAUCAGUAGUUUUAAAAAGUAGGGAGACGGAGCCAAGCGGAACUCUCAUGUUGACUCAUCGUAUCCUGCAGGAAAGGGCAAUAGGAUGCACAGCAUGCUGCCUACACACAUUGUACUGGAGGCUAACACAGCUGAAGAGAAGACAGGAGUUAGUCAGGCUGUUCAUUUUUCGGUACGCGCGAAACCCACGUGAAAUUGUGCCUUGUAUUAUGAGAUGAGAAGUCUUGCAGAUUUUAA